AUGGAUCUGUCGCAGACUGUUGAGUGGAGCAGAGAAGAGAGCGUUGAUGUCUCACGUGCUAUUGUUUUGAGCAAUGUUUCUUUGGAUGCCAGUAACGACACUAUUGAAAAAGUGUUAAACACAGUAAAAGUUUUUGGUCGCACUAGAAUACGUGGUCGCCGUGGUGAUGUCACCGGCAGAUGGUUGUUUAUUUUAGUGGAGACCAGUGCUGAUCUAGAUCCUGAUGUUAUCCCUCCUGAGAUAGGUAUAGAAAAUGAAGCUGGACCCUGGAGUGUGAACUUAUUGGGACAUGGUCCUGCCCCCAAAGGUGAUACAUUCCACUUAAAGCUGCAAGCCUUGUUACAGCAGGAGGGCAUGUCCAUGGAUGAAGUGAAGGCCAUGCUUUUGGAAAAUCAGCCUCCUAAAUCUGACAUCAGUGUGGAUCUAGUUGAUGCCAUAGGCAAAUUAGUAGAUCGGUGUAAUCAGGUGUCUAGUGAUGGGCCUAGUUACAGAAAACUGAGGUUGUUCUCAGGGUUGAAACCUAUCCCUCCAGGUGAAGAAGAGUAUGAAGUCUGGAUGGAGCAGGCCGCUCAAAUGAUAAGUGAGUGGCAAUGCACCGAAUCAGCAAAGAAGCAACGCAUCGGUGAGAGUUUGCGAGGUCCCGCGGCUGAUAUUGUCAGGUUUCUUAAAGUGAGUAGCCCAUCAGCGACUGCAAAUGAAUACUUGGCUGCCCUUGAGACUGUAUAUGGAACUACUGAGAGUGGGCCUGACCUUAUGGCUAGAUUUCGCCAUACCUACCAGGAAAAUGGAGAGAAACUUUCAGCUUUCUUGUACCGCCUAGAUAAACUUCUCCACAGAGCCUUGUUGAAGGGUGGGAUUGAGGCAGCAGGUAUAAAUAGAGCCAGAAUGGAGCAGCUGAUUAAGGGGGCUCUGACCAAUGAUAUGGUUGCUUUGCGAAUCAGAAUGACUCACACUGUGCAAGAUCCCCCUUCUUUCUCACAGUUGAUGAAGGAAGUUCGAGAGGAAGAACAUUGGGUAGCUGCUCGAGAGAAUGUUAAAGCUUCUGUGUCCAAUGUUGCCACUCCCCCUGUGCCUGUGCCACCUGAAUUACAAAAUCUGAAGAAGGAGGUUAAAGAAUUGUCUACUCAGGUGAGUCAGCUGUUGAGCAUGGCCACUGUGACCCCUGCCUCUGAAUGUGCCCCACAGAAAGUGCCCAGUCAGACAAAGGAAGCUAUUAACCGAGACACAGCUUACAAGCCCAAAACUUCCAAGUUAACUUUGCCUGGUAUCUUCUGUUAUAACUGUGGUGAAGAUGGUCAUAAGAAGUGGGAGUGCAAAGGACCUGAGGAUCUUAGGAAGGUAAAUCAGAAGUUGAUGAAAAUGCACCGCUUACAGGGAAACUUCAGCGGAGCUCAGUGA